AUGUCGUCUGUUUUUUGUUCAGAAAGUGCAAUUUGUGCUGAUUACUUCGGGGAUAAAUAUGGGGUGCCUCUGCCCUCUUCCAUGAUCCAGAAGAUCACAAGAAUUGGCAAAGCAAAGGAGUUAGAGGAUUCAAAAAAGAUAGGUCAAUCUGCAAGCAAGAACAAGAAUGGUGACAAUAAAGAGCAACAUGGUCCCCCCCCUCCCCCCAAGCACUUAGAGAUGAAUCACCUAAAACGAAAUUAUCUUCAUUUUCAAUCUUUGAGUUCUUACGUGAUUGAUUUCCAUCAUGAGAAGGAGAAGGCGAAGGAAUAUAAUAAUGCCGAGGAGAUGUACACGAGUGUCCGGAACGACGUCGUUACACCAUCAACCUCAACAUCGACAACCACAUCAUUAGCAACAACUACCUUUUCAAAACAAACAUUACUCGUUGCUCAUUUUUCUCUUCUUACUUUUAACAAGCUCGUUCUCUAUAGACGAUGCAUCGUUCUCGAGUACCUCCAGUUCCUCCCUAUCCUCUUCCUUAAUAGCAAACAAAACUUUCGAUGGUCCCUACAUCCCUUGCAACUUCAACAUCUCCUCUACCAACGCAUCCGUGCCAUCUGCGAAGCCGGCGAAGCCACCAUGGAUGUCGUUGGGUCCGUUGUCGAGUUAGGUUCGACUUGA